CGCUGUCCAUUAUUUACAUAAACAAUAAUGGCGGACAGCAUGUGCUCUAGUUUAACUUCUAAUUAUAAAGCGUGAACAGCAGCCAUUUGUUUUACCUGGUUACCUUAUUCUUAAUAUUCAAGGGACGUGCAAGAUGUCUGAGAACUGUACCAAUUUAAGUUUGUCGUACAGUGACGACUUUUGCGUCCCUGUAACUUUGAAAAUAAAUUCUGAUGAGUUCGCCAUCGACAAAGCAUGGAUAGCAGGCGCUUUUUUCUUGGGAUUGUUUGUAGGAGCCGGACUAACAGCUCUAUGUGUCAGACCUUUUCUGGCAGCAUGGGAGAAGAAAAAACAACAAGAUGCAGAGGAUGGAUUUACUGUUGUGCUUGCAGAAUCCACUGAAUCAAAUACAGUUGAAAUGGUGUCAGCUGUGUACAAGUCAAAAAUUGGGUCCCGCUUCAAACGUCGCAGAAAGGUACAGGAAGAAGAGGAGGGAGGGAAGGUGAAGGUGGAGAUGGAUGAAUCAUUAUGUAGAGGCAUGGUGGAUGUGCUCUUGCAGACUAACAUCAUGGCAGCAAAAGUGGAAAUGGGACAACAAGAUAUGGACGCUAUAGUGGCUAUGGAGCGUAGUCAAGAUCAGGAGAAAGAAACGAUCUUGCUGAAAGUGUUGGGCAUAUUGUUGAGAAUAAAGGCAAAAAAACAAGUAGUGAGUGAAUCCUUUUGUGAAAACUUCAUCAAGAAAACUGAAGAAGAUCUCCAUGAUCUUCGCCACAUGAUUGACAGGGAAAAAGAGGAAGAAGAAGAGGUUUUGAAGAACAAUCCCAAAUUUAGCAAAGAUUUACAGGCAUUAGAAACAGCAUUACAGAUGCUGCAGACCAAGUACAAUAACAAACAGGGAAAGCUGUUAAGGGACUACAGGGAGAAGAUUCAUACAGAUCUUCAGCGCUCAUCAGGAAUGUCCGAAGAGGAGGUGGAAGACAUAAUGAACAAACUAAUGGCACAAAUGGGCAAUCUGGAAGAGAAGAUAGGACAGGAACAAGCUCGUCAACGAAGGGCUCUUGAGGAACGCCUGGCUAAGCGUUGUAAGGUUAUAGACUAUCAGAAAGUGCUGCAGACUGAGAAGGAGGAAGUGAGGAAUCACCGAAUUGUGAGCAUGAAGGAUCUUCUAGAAAAGAAGGUGAGAAGUGGACAGCUUCAGGAAUCAAGGGUGGCACAAAUCAUGCAACAGUAUGUUUCAACUUUACAACAAGUGCAACAGGAAAAGGCACAAGAUUUACAAACAAGAUUAUUGGAUACAAGUGAAAAAUUGCAUCAGAAUCGAACAGAUGAGAUGAAAUCUUUGAUGGAGAAACAGGCACAAGAACGGGCUCAGUUUCUUCACAAAGCUGAUGCUGCAACAAGUACUGCAGAACUUGUUGAUGGCUACCACACUUUGUUGUCACGUCAACAUAAAAUGCAGGAAGAGCUUAACAUGCAGCUUGACCAGGAGGAUGUGCAUCAGAUGGAGAAAGUCACCAAAGAGGUACAAACGUCAGAAGACAUGACAAGCACACAGGAGGAUGAGAAAGUCCUUGAGAAGCUGAUUGCUUCUUCUGAUAUAACAGAAACAGAGUCUGCCAAACUUUUAGCACAGCACAAGCAGCGAAUGAAAGAGCACUCGCCAGCAAGCUCAAAACAAGCUGCAGUUGCUAAACUUCAAGAACAACUGAAGCAGCGGCUAGCACAGGUUUCUGCAGCAGAAGUACAAGAUGCUGUGGAGCAGAACCAGUUAUAUGAAGAACAAAAGCAAACCCUUCAGCGAGUUCUGGCCUCAAACAUGGAUCUGACUGAUGAGGCCAAGGAGAAGAUAUUAAAACAGCAUCACCAGAAUAUGCAGGCUUUGUCCAACCAGCUUCAGCGCAGCAAGAUGAGGCACCAGAAGAGUCUGGAGAUCAAGUUAAAUCAGCGUCGAGCUCAUCUUGCUGAUCUUAAACAACAACAGGAUGAUCUAAAAAGGCAAAAGAAAGAGAUGAAUCAAAAAGCGAAAGAGAAACUUGAAGCAGAGCUUGCAGCACAGAUAGCAGCAGAAGAAGCUAAGUUUGAGGAAGCAAGGCAAGCUGCAGUUUCAGAACUGCGGAGACAACUUGCUGCAGAAACAGAAGAAGCCUUGCGUGUACAAGACCAGGAGAUAGGGCUGCUGAUUGGACGCCUGCAGGUUGGACAGGCAAGAAGGGCAGCAAUUUUGGAAAGGCAAGACAAGACCCUGAAAGAAUUACAAGAGCAGUUGGAGAAGAAAGUUGCUGGGUCAGCAGAUCUGCAGAACAACAGGACAGAUCAGCUAUUGCAACAGCAUUACAACCAGAUGCAGCAUCUGAACGAACAGAUUCAGCACUAUCGUGAGACCCAGAAAAAACAGCUGAAUGAAAAGAUCGAAAUGAAACAGAGGCUAAAAGAAAAGGAACUUGUAUCACAGCUAGAAGAAGAUGCACGUAUUGAGUUCACAGCUCAGCAGCAGCGGGGAGCUGGGCAUGCAAGUUUUGUUCUCGUUCGGUCAUUUCUGGAGCAAAAACAGCAACAAGCCAUUGCCAACCUUGAACGUGAGAUGAUGGCAGAACUGCAAAAGGACAAAGAAGAACUCAACAAACAGCUUGAGAUGGAACUACAAAAGGAACUGCAGGCCCAGAAACAAGACCUCUUGAACCAUCUGGCAGCUGUGAGCAAUCUGUCAAAAGCUGAAUUGGAAGAUGCUGUUGAUGCUGCAGUUGCUGGUAAGCAUGACACAAAGACUGCCAAGAACCUUGCCAAAGACUUGCAGCUGGGCAUUCAGCGAGCAAAAACCUCAUUGAGCAUGGACUAUGGGCAUGAAGAUUUGAAAAGAACCAAAACAAAUCUGGAGAGAUCAGUAAACAGCAAAACAGCUGCUCAAAGACCAGGUUCAGCGAGACAUCUUCGACAGAAGGAAGCUUUUUCUCAAAAUAUGUCUGAGGAUGAAGAUGAUGAAAGCUAUGGUUGAUUUUCAUUUGCUAAUUUUUUUUUAGGACAAGGCAUUCACUUCAAAAGUUUUUAAGUGUUAUUCUAAAUAUUUUGUACCUUGAAUUCUCAGGAAUGUAAACUUGGAUCCUGUUAUUUUUAUUUUCAAGAAGGAUGUUUACAGUUUUAGCAUAAGAGUCAUGUAACAGUGUACAGCAGAGAAGGGAAAAAUUUAUAGCUGCAUCACUUUCAUUAAAUUGGCAGUAAAUGACCAGUAAGAUAAAACAUUUACUUUAAGUGAAAAAUGAUUAAAUUAAACAAAAUUAUCCUUGAUUGAGAGAUAAAUGAUCAAGAAAACACUUUGACCCUGAUAGGAUAUUGCUGAAUUUUUAUUACAUAUUCUGAAAAUGGGAAUGCGUCACUGAUAACUUUCUCUUGGAUGAUGUAUUUUCCAAAUGUUCAAUGAAUUUUUUUUUGGUUAAAAAUUUUUAUACAGGCAUGUUAAGGCAUCAUAGAAUUAGGGCUGCAUAAUAAUAUCCUGUGAUUGUUGCUGUGUUGGUUUGCUACAUACAUAAAUAUGGAUGUAGACUGUUAAAACAGAAUUUAUACAGAUGCACGUAUUUCAUAUGCAGUUUAUCUCAGGAAGAAUAGAAUUUGAGAUGGGCCUUCUUCUGACAACUGCAAUAAAUUUAUUGAUUAAAAAAAAA